GUACCAGUUCCUCAGAGCUAUUUGUCACUGGGGACAAGGACUGAAAAAAGAUACAAUAAACUGAGGAAUCAUGGAUUGUACUGCAAGAUGCAUUUUUCCGAGUCAAAGAAUCACCAGGUUAGAAGUCCAGUAACAUCUUCAGUUUAUUCGUUGGCUAACAAAACAAAUCCAAGAAGAAACAAAAUACUUCAAUUGCUCUGGAAUGACAGAUGUAGCUUAAACAGGCAUUAUCUGCAGAUUGCUCAAAAAACUUCCAAAAAAAUGAAGAUUUUUAUAGUGAUUGAUUUUAUACUUGCAGCUGGCUUCAUGGAUGCCAUUGGCAGCUCUGAUCUACAGAGCUGUUUUCAAGAGCAAAUACAACUUCAGGGCCAGGUGAGGCUUUUGGAACAUCGUGUGAAACAGCAGCAGUUAAAAAUUAUACAGCUUUUAGAGAAGAAAGAAAUUCAGUACAGUGACAGAGGAGAUGAAAACAGUGUCAUUGACUUGGGAGGAAAAAGACUGUAUUCAGAUUGUGCAGAAAUCUACAAUGAUGGCUACAAGCAAAGUGGAUUUUAUAAGAUGAAACCUACCCAGAGUCCUACUGAAUUCCUUGCCUUCUGUGACAUGUCUGAAGGGGGUGGAUGGACUGUGUUUCAGAGACGUUCUGAUGGCAGCCAGAAUUUUGAUAGAGUCUGGACUGACUAUGAAGAAGGCUUUGGAAAUUUUGUUUUGACAAAUGGUGAAUAUUGGCUUGGAAAUAAAAAUCUUCAUUAUUUGACUAAUCAAGGGAACUAUACUUUAAGAAUCGAUCUAACUGAUUUCGAAGGAGAACGGCGCUUUGCACAAUAUGCAAGAUUCAGAGUUGCAGGUAAAGAGCAUUCUUAUGAGAUGAGUUGUGGUGAAUACUCUGGUACGGCUGGUGAUUCUCUUACUGGUGGUUUUCAUCCUGAAGUAAAGUGGUGGGCUGACCAUCGAGGAAUGAAAUUCAGUACUAGAGACAGGGAUAAUGACAACUAUGAAGGGAACUGUGCUGAAGAGGAAAAGGCUGGCUGGUGGUUUAACAGGUGUCACUCUGCCAACUUGAACGGUUUGUACUACAAAGGCCCUUACACUGCAGAGACAGACAACGGGAUUGUUUGGUACACUUGGCAUGGGUGGUGGUAUUCUCUGAAAUCCGUUGUCAUGAAGGUCAGACCAGCAGACUUUGAACCUAAUAUUGUUUAAUUAUUUUUUUAUUAAGAUGAUUUAUCUAGCUAAUCUCUUAGCAUAUCAACCCAAAUUAAAAUAGCUGGGCAGAUAUUUCCUUCUCAUCUAUGCAUAUGUAAAUCUGGAAUAAUUCCUCUGCAACCAGUUUUUUUAUGAGAUGUAAAUGAGGAGACAAUAUGGCCUAUGAAUCUGUAGAUACCAAUACUAGUGCUGAUCUAAUAUAUGUACAGGACUUUUUAAAAACAACAGUCAUUAACUUAGGAAUAAGGACAUGUUCAUCAACACAGAGAAUUUUUGGCUUCUGCAGUAACUGAAAAUCCUUUCACUUUAAAAAAACCCAGUAUUAUCACUGUGUUGUCUUAAAAAUGAAAAUGAAUUGUACAUAUUAAAACCAAAACCAACUUAAAUACAAGCAUAAGGCUGUUCCAUGUCAGUGGAUGGAACAUACUGUCUUUGGAACAUUUCAAGGCUUUAGAAGUGAGUUGCCUGUAAAUUCUUUUGAUUUAUUUGUUGUGUGUGUGGUGUACACAGCAUAAAGAAUGGGGCAGGGAACUGAAGAAAGAGAAGAAAUGAAGGCUAGAAUCAAUUGAAUCCGGUACACAAAAGUUGAUUGUUUGUUGUUUCCAAGCUGGUCACAUCAUUUCUAUCUAACAUUUUCAGAUGGUCAGUAAUUAUGCCUUUCUUCAUUUAGUAACAAAUAUGCUUUUCUUGUUUUUAUAGUAUUUGGUAACAAAAACUGGACCUUAUUAUACUGACAUUUGGAGUUUACCAAAAGGCUAAAUAACAAAAGCUGCAACUAAUAUUGAUGUGAGCACUGCCUUGAAUAUAGAUCUUAAUGCAUGUAUGGAGAGAAGUGUAUUUCAUGUGCAGCUAAAAUCUGGCAUUUUAGAGGUUUUUAGUGCUUGACUCUACAAACCUUUGCUUUCUUUAUGCAUCUGUUGGUGUCCACAACUCUCCAAAUUUGAAUGCUCUGUUCAAUCACUUCAAAUUGGUUCUGCUUUUAAACCUGUUAUCUUUUCAUUUUCUUAUGUCUUUGUCUUGGAUCCCUAGGCUCUCCCCCUUCUCAAACUGCACAUCCACAUUCUUCUUGCACACAAAAAAUCAUAAGAGAGACCUCUGUCUAUUCCUGGCUUUUGUGCCUAGCACCACAAUAGACUCUAACAGCCAGUAGUAACAAGAAUUGCUGAUUACUGCUUGCUGCAUGGAGAAAAUAGGAACACUGUCUAGAAAGCUGUCUGACAAAAUUGAAUCCAUUUCUGCCGAGCCGGUGCAAACAAAGAUUUUUAAAAGCACAUGGAUCUGAGCCAAACUUGGACACUUUAUUUUAUUUAAAAUAGGUUCCUGUGUAACUUUAUGAGCAGGUCUAUGGAUACAGGUCAUUAAUAAUACAAUGGAAGUUUUGGAGUAGUUUAAAAAGUUGUUUUAAGUACAGUAAUUCCCCUACUGAUUUCCAAAGUCUUUUGCUACUCUAAGAGGAGGAAUAUUUAAUUAUUUGCAAAAACAUGGAUGACAUUAUGUAAAAUUGUAAAAACACCGUUAGGUUUUUGCAGGAAAACAGAAAGAUUAGCCUAUGUAUUUGGAGAUUAUCAAGACAGAUCAUAUUCCAUGUAAUUUAAAUGAAAGAUGUGAUGGAUUUAUGUGCAGCAAAGUUGGAUCUCUUGCACACAACAAAGACUCUUAACAUGUGCAGAUUGUGCUCAUAAAAUUUGCAGUAUUUUUUUUUUGUUUGCUGCAGCAUAAAUCCAUCCUCUUUUCUUGUGAGAACACUAGUAAAAUUUUUCUGCUGAGUUAAGGUGUUUUUGUCAUAUUGCAAUAUAAAAUUUUAUUCCCUUUCUCUAUUGGAAAUCAUAAAAUGAAAAUCUCUCAUUGUCAACUUGGAGUGCAUUUAUAUUUAUUUGGACUGAAUGCUUUUCAGAACAAGGACUUUGAUAUCCUAUCUAUCUGAAAAGCAUCUAGCAUACUGCUAGCAAUAUUCAAAUGGAGUAUUUAAUUCCCACCAUCUUUCUGUGGACUUUCUUUGUUCAAUAAUCUUUUUGGCCACAGGAAAAACAUGUGAAACUGGUGUAAUUCAAAAUGGUUAUAUAAUCGUUCUGAAGUAAACAAACCCUUUAUUUUCCAAAGGCAACUUUAAAUAGCUAGUAGAAAAGAGAAUGCAGCUUGGAAGACACUUCUUUUCUCUGCAUGGACUGGCUGGUUUGUAUUAAUUUAUUCCUCAACAGGUAUGAACAUAUUCUAAGGUAGUCUUUAUUCUUACAAGAUAGCAGAACAAAGGCCAGUUUAUUUGUUCAGGCACUAGAGAGAACAACAUAAUAAACUCCAAAAUAGCUUAAAAUGAUUACAUACCAUUUGAUACAAAUCAUAUAACCCAACAGAAGAAUAAGAAUCAAGAAAAUAACAAGGGAGAUGUUUUGUCAUUCAUGACUUAACAAAGAACAUAGCUACCAGCAAGGUGUAAUCAAAAAUGCCUGGUUUUGUAAUAUUUGUUCAAGGGAAACUUCUUUAUAUUUUCAGUUGCCUAAUUCUGUUUUCUUCUAUUUGCUAAACAUUUUGGAGACUAAAAGAAUGAAAACCACAAGCCUGGAUAAAUUAAAUGAGCAGCAAGAGCCUUAAAUGCUACAUUUGUUUCCCUGCAAUAUCUAGUAUACAUUAACAGAGCUGAGGAACUGCAGUCUGGCCUCCUGCUUUCCAGUGCAAACUCGUCUCUUCAUCUCUACUGCCUAGCUAGAGCCUACCUCUCCUCAUCAUUUCCAAACCUGUUAGUUCUCACACCAAUUCAUGAACCUCUUUUGCAAGUAUAACAUUCUAUUUUGUCAAAGCUACUUCUCAUCCAUAUUCAUAGAAUCAUAGAAUAGUUAGGAUUGGAAGGGACCUUAAAGAUCAUCUAGUUCCAACCCCCCUGCCAUGGGCAGGGACAUCCCACUAGAUCAGGCUGCCCAAGGCCCCAUCCAACCUGGCCUUGAACACCUCCAGGGAUGGGGCAGCCACAACCUCCCUGGGAAACCUGUUCCAGUGUCUCACCACUCUCAUAGUGAAGAAAUUCUUCCUAAUGUCCAGUCUAAAUCUGCCCCUCUCUAGUUUAUACCCAUUCCCCCAGGGUCUAUCCCCUGAAGCCUUUAUGAAUAGUCCCUUUCCAGCUUCCCUGUAGGUCCCCUUCAGGUACUGGAAGGUCGCUAUAAGAUUUCCUCUGAGCCUUCUCUUCUCCAGGCUGAACAAGCCCAACUCUCUCAGCCUGUCCUGGUAUGGAAGGUGCUCCAGCCCUCCAAUCGUCUUUGUAGCCUUCCUCUGGACCCGUUCCAACAGCUCCAUCUCCUUCUUGCGUUGAGGAUUCCAGAGCUGGACACAAUAAUCCAGAUGAGGUUUCACAGGAGAGGAAUAGAGGGGCAGAAUCACCUUCUCUGACCUGCUGGCCACAUUCCAGUCAUGGGACUCAUCCCACCACGUUUCUGUGAUGGCAACCAGAUCAUAACUUUCAAGUAGCACAGUAGCUUCCAGCUCCUCCUGCUUGUUACCCAAGCUUGGUGCGUUAGUGUAAAGGCACUUCAGUUGGGCUGCCAGUUGUAUCACUUUCCCAGUGGACCUGCUUUUACCUAUAAUGUGUUUUGGAGAAGUCUCCUCCCUAACACCUGACCCCUGACACCUAUCCUUCCACCUGUUGUUAAGGGCUAGCUCGGUGUUAUCCCCCUCCCCCUUCCUAUCUAGUUUAAAGCCCUAUCUACAAGCCCCACAAGUUCCCGGGCAAAGAUCCUCCACCCCCUCUGAGAAAGGUGGCUCCCAUCUGAAGCCUGUAACCCCGGUGCCAUGUAGGCCAUCCUGUUAUCAAAAAUCUCAAAGUUAUUGUUGUGACACCAGCCAUGGAGCCAUGUAUUAAUGGACUGGACCUGUCUGAGCUGUUCUGUCACCACCUGUUACUGGGAGGAGGGAAGAGAAAAUCACAUGGGCCCCUGAUUCCCUCAGUAGCCAUCCCAAGGCCUUAUUAUUAUAUUAGCAAAAUGGUAUACCCAGAAAAGGGAACUGAACCACAACCCAUCAUGCUCCUUUAGUUUUCUCCUUGUUAGCUUAAAAAGAAUGAAAAUGCAGCUUUAUAUACUCUCUUUUUUCUUUUCUUCAGUAGUAGGUUCUCUUUGGCAGUUGUGAAGGAGGUCGAAAGAGCAGAAAAAACUAUAGAAGGAAGUAUUCUGUAUGUAAAUUUUCAAAAAAAAUUCCACUUAUAUCUGUGUCUUUUUUUUUAAAAUUGUCUAUUAAGAGGUCAACCUCGAAAGCAAAAAAUGGAGCUUUUCAAAACCAGGAGGUACUUUAAAAUUAUUAUGAUCAUAUGCUUUCCCAGAGUAGGUCUGAGAACUGGGAAAUUGGCAAGGUUUCAAGCAUUCAGCCAAAAUCCAUACACAAUAUAUACUCUGAGAGAGAAAAGUUAUAAUUUUCUGUUAAAGUGCUUGUUCAAGAGAAAUUAAAACUUUACAGUGAUAGUGGCUCUUUAAUGCUUAAUUAGCUUUUUUGUCGAAUACAUAGUGUUCAUCCAAGAAUCAUCUUUUCCAAGUACCUGGGGGCUAUCUUAACCUUUGUUUAGUGCAGGAUGAAAUCCAGCUUGUCAUUGCUACAUCUUCAGUUAACUAAGGCAGUUCCUCUUAGCCCUACCCUAGUGCUAAAAAGAUUGCAUCAGAAACAUGAUGUUGAUAUCCAAAUGGUGAUUAAACAGCCCUGGGGCCAAAUUCAUACAUCUGCUUGCAGAAGAACCAAAAUAGGGCCUUUGCAAAAAAAAAAAUCCAUUGUGGCUCACUUUUUUCCACACUUCCUCAGCAACUCAUAAAUACCUGUGUAUAAGUUUAUUUUACUUGUCUCCUAUAGAAUCGAAACUUCCAUUCUUUCUUCUUUUCUUCCCUUGUUAAUGGCAGUCAGAUCUUUAAUCUCACCUGUUAGUCAUGGCUUGUAUACCUGUGAAUGCCUGGCUUAAGGAACGUGGGCAGCUCUGAGCUUCUGCUGAAGUUGAGCAAAGGCUCUGAGGAACUAAAUAGUGUACUUAAGGCACACACAAUUGCAGCGAGGUCUCUAAAUCUGUUGUGAGAAUCAGUGUCCAACCUACUUUAUAAAUAUAUUGGAUUGAAUUAUUGUAAUGAAUAUAUUCAACAUUGUGAAGACAAGUAGAAGAUAAGCACAUUCCUCUAAGAAGUAUAUGGUUUUCACAAAUGAUUACCUGAAUUUCUGUGCAUCCAGUUUUGUUGUCCUUGCCAAAGGUCCCAAAUUGUAGUUGUCAAAUAGUCUCCCAUGUAACUGCAAAAUCAUACUGCUACACAACCCACUGGGCUGGCACUUUCUGCAGCAUUAUAGUUCAUAUUAAAUUAGCUAAAAACAGAUAAGUGCCAUAUGAGCAUAAAGGCUUUUAUGAUAGUGAUAUCCUGCACUAGGUGGUGCUCUGUACAUGUAUUUUCUUAGGCAAUACCAUAUUUGUAAACAAACACAAAAAUUUCUCCUGCUGAAAUUAUUUAUUAAAUGACAGAAAACAAGUAAAGAAAGUUUAAGUGACUUUAGUCUUUAACUUGCUUUUGAAAUCAUACAUGAGUUCCUAAAGUUAAUUAAACCCUAUGGAAAUUCAUAGCAUCUAAUUAUCUUGAAGUAUGGCACAUAUAGGGAGUUAACUUGUGGUCUCCUUAAUUUAAAAAGCCUUGCGUUACAACAGUAGUCUGUAUCUUCUGACAAUUAGCAAACAGAAACAAAACAGUGCAAGUUCCAAACAAUUACGUGAACUAACGUCUGCACUACUGUAUUCCUGCUAUGAUUCCUCUACUGCUGUGAGAUCCUGAUGUGAUCCAGGGGAACUUUACUGGAGUGAAGCCCAUCUUUAUAUCAUAACACAAAUAAUAAAGCAUAUUAAUGUUUCUUGUGAUCAGAAAACUGAGAUUUUGUGAACCUUUGUGGCAUCAGUGGCAUGAAGUAAGUUCUUGUGCAAUAGUGAAAUUCACUGCAGGGAAAGCAGGAAAUCUAUCUCCUGCCAAGAUGCCAUACACCCAUCUAGGAAAAGCACCCUCCCUGAAAUCAGUGUGUUAUUCAUGUGGUACUCGGAAAAUGUAAAAUUCAUAUUGCAUAUAAUUGCUAGAAAGUCUUACAAGUCUCACUGUAGAGGCUAGUAUCUAGGUUGGAAUUGUUAACACUUUCAAGAUGUGCAAACAUUUUAUCUUCUGACGAAGGGGAUUUUAAUGAUUGUAAUGCAUCUUCAUUUUCUUAUUUUCUAAUAACUUUGAAUGACUUGUUUUAAAAAUCCCACCAAAGUUACUGAAAUAUGCUAAUUCAAGUUGUUCCAGUCAUCUGUCAGUGAAACCUCUCUACCUCUGUCACUGGAUCCUCUCUACCUCUGUUACACAGCAUGCUUAAUUAAAGAUUUCAGCACAUUCUCAUCUAUUCCUCUUCUUGACUCUUCCUAAUAAGGGACUUAAGAGUUUCUGAGUUAGUUUCACUACCUCUCUGACCCAAGACAGAAAAAAAAAAGAAUACAGAAAAAUCACACCCAUCUGGAAGAAUAUGAGUCAUUCUUAACUUAAAAUUUCUGAGCAAAACAUUCUGAAGUAUUGAAGGAAGGGAAGGGCUUCCACUUUAUGUUUACAUAACUUGAAAAAAAGUCAUCAAUAUUUGCAGUCCCACAAUAUCCAAUAAGUUUAAAUUCUAUCUUCUAUUUCUCUUUAACUCCCCAACAUUAAACUAAAGCACUUCAGCCUCUAAAUCUGACAUGAAAGUUGCACAUGUAACAUACUAACUGGACACCUUCCCAGCUAUGUAAUUCUCAAUUUUUUUUUGUCUCUCUCCCUUAAAGAAUGAACAAAAUGAAUCUCAUGCAAAUCAAUUGAGUCCAGUAAAGUUACACUGGGGAUGAAUUAGGCCUGUCAUCUGCUCUUCAAGCAGAUAAUUUAGAUUGUGUCCCAAAGAAAACACAGCUUUAACAUCAAGUCCUUUCUAUUAUUCUACUCUCUCAUUAAAGAGGUAGCACCCAUAUUCAUUAUAUAGCAUUCUAUAGGGAGUGUAGCCCCGUGUGCACAUGCUCUGUAAUUGAUCAUACAUGAAUGAUCAACAACUUUCUCCUGUGUUACCAGAACAACAAAAAUAUUAUGUCCAGCAAGAUCUGGGAAGAGCUAGAGCUAAAAAGCAGGGAAGAGAUUGCCCAUGACAUCUCAGACUUGUUGAUACAUGUGAUAACAAGCUAUACAUUCUCUAUAUACAUCUCAUAAGGUCUCUGUCUUCUGUACACUAAUGAACCCUCAAACCCAAAAUUCUGGAGAAAUUAAGACAUCCUGCAGUUUUUCAAAGAACAUCAUAAGUAAAGACGAGGAAUGAGCAUCAGGCUGUCCAACACAGGAAAAAUUCCUGACAGAAAUAAUAAUGUUAUCAAAUUCACUUUUCAGGUCUUCUGGUGCAUCACAAAGUGAUUGUAGGAAAAAUAUGGACUUCCUUAGAGAAAACUACCAUAAUGAUUUAAUCAGGUUAAAUAUAAUAUAUACAGAUAGUUACCUUUGUUUCUUACUUGAUGGGCAGCCUCUUCAUCUAACAUGGCUUUAAAAAAUACUGAACUCUGUAUCAUAGACUUUGCUCACAAAAAGCUCUUACAAGGGAAUACAAAAGACUACCUGAUUCACAAGGAAACAUGCCACAUUAUGGUUCUUUAUAAUAUCAGUGAAGAUAAAGAUAUUUUUGAAGAACACAGUGGAAACUGAUGUCUGGGAGCUGCAAUGUCUCUGUUAUUCACCUCCUUUUUUUCAUCUACAGUAUCUCCUUUCAAUUGAAUAGUGCUAAACCAAAUAUGUAAAAUGAGACUCGAGAGAAGUCAGUGGCUAAUAAAGGGUUCUACUGUCCUUUCUUGCUGACCCACUAAUUUAAAUGCAAGUGAGUCUGAUGUGAUACCAGAGAAAGCCUUUACCAGGGUGUAUUUAUGCUUACUCACUAAAACCAACAAAGUUUCAGGAGACUUCUUCUUGGAAAUAUUGUGACAUAGAUCUUCAGCUACAAAAGUGGUUUUUAGAUUAUUUAAUAAAAAUAAAUAUUUUAAGCAUAUAUUAUUACCUGAAAGAAAAAAAAAAAGCACUGCAAUACUGCAUAUUUCAUGGCAUAUUUUACCAUCAAAGAGACCAAUCUUAGCAGGAAGAGAACGAGUGACCAAAAUUAAAAUCCUCUUUCUAGGACAUAUAGAUUUUUAAAGGUAGGGAAAAUCUGGAAGCCUUCUGACCUAUGGGUCUCAUUUUAUUAAUAUGAAGAACAAUAAAAACUAAAUGCAUGCAUUUUCAGUUUAAUAAGUGAAACCUAGAAUUUGUAGAUGCAAGAGUGAGAAUGAAUAUUUUCCCGCAACACCUCUGACUUUUUCUGUAUCAUGCAGCAAGUCACUAAAUUCUUUGAUACUCUCAUCACGUAUGAAAUAUGAUUUAAGCAUUUUACAGUGCACUUUGAAACCUCCUCAGGAAGCAUUUAAUUCAAGGACUAUGUUUUAUUCUGUUACUCGUGUAGGCUACUAGCUCUGUCUGAUCCUGAUCUAUAAUAAGGAUUCUUCAUUUUUUUCACUUGCAGAAAAUCUAACUAGCAUCACUUCCUUUGUACAACACAGGAAGAGAGGUUAAGGCUUUUGUGCGCUGUCUGGAUACUGGUUUAAGGUAGCAGAAUGGUUCCCUUCUAGAAGUAGUUUCCACAGUCUCUGGGAAAGGUAUAUUAAGCAAGUAUUUCAGGGUAUAUUUAAGUUGUCCACAGUUUUCCCUGAAAGAUUACCCUUGCUAGCUUAUAUCCAGGCUGUGUAUUUAAAGGAAAGAAGUGCUGACUAUAGCAGAAGGCUCCAUUAUACUUAGCCCUUAUUGUCUUUGGUUUCUAGACUGGCAUGAUUAAUUAAGGAAGUCUGCAGCUUCAGCUUCCACAGAGACAGCAGUGCUGAAAAGCAGGAAGUAAUCAGCUCUAGUUGGCACCAUCAUCCAUUACAUCGAUAUUCACAGAGAGAGACAGGAUCAGUAACUCUUAAUAAGAGCACUGCCUGGUAUAGCCAUUUUAAACACACAGAAAGCUGCUGGCUGUAAAUGGCAAAUGAAAUACAGAAGUAUGAGUCAAUGUGCAUAGUACAGUAUUUGAGUCAGUUUUCUGUGACAUAUACAAAGUAGGGGAAAAAGUCAGGCAUACAAGAAUUCCUUGGUGAAUUCUAGUAAUACACAGGGGCUUAGAAAAUGCUUUUUGUUACUACAGUUCACAUUUCAGACUAUGGAAAAUUAUAAAAGCUGACUAAUAGAAGGCUGAGCAAGAGAUUGUGGUUAAGGAGGGAGCCACGUGGGACAGGAGGGAUGAGUACUCUUCCGCUGUACAUCCCAACUCUGACUCAGAAGCUGGUCACAAUAGAAAACAUACAUGUUUUUAUAAUCCUUUGUGCAAAUAAACUGACUUCUGCCUUCAAAAGAUUCUGACAUUGCAUCUUGGUGGCUUACCUACAUGCUAGUCUUAAGUUCAGCUGAAAGAAAGCAAGUAGCUAGCAAUGAAGAAGAGAACAUGUUCAUUCUUACUCCUAUUUAAUUUUUCCUCCUACUAUCAGAAAAGGGAUUUGAAGUGAAAACAAAUAAAGAAUUAGAUUGCUCAGAAAAUGUUAAUGAUUUUGUGAUUUUAUAUGUCUGGCUUUUUCUUUUUUGUUACAGUUUCUUAUAUAAAAUAACACCCACUAAUAGUAAUUCAAUAGUAAAAGUAAUUCAAAAUUUAUGUGGUUUAUUAAUGACUUUAUUUACAAUACCUUUACAGUAUGAAAUACCAACAACACAUAAUUUGAUAGAUAAAUCCUGCUGCAUCUCAGGUGAAGAGUGCUGGUGACAAAUUAUACAUGUACGAACUUUCUCAUUUACCUUGUUUUCCAAGAAAAUAGUGUUCUUAUUUCAGAUGCACCUGAUUCAACAGUAACCUUGUCCAGCUUGCAAAGUCAAGUGACUUGAACCCUAGACAGGACUGUAUUUUCUUACGUAAGGCUUGUCCAGCCAUUAAAACUACACCAAGAACACCAGCCUUCAAGACUGUUGCAUUAAAGUUAUGGCGUUUUUUCCCUAGCAAAGUUUCUUUGGUCAGUUAGAACAAGUAUUGAGGGGAACAAAAACAAUAAUCAGACUCGUUCUAAGGAAAAUAAGGAUCGUUUCAGACAUGAGUUCAUGUAAGGCUUCUAAGUGAUCUACGCUAUAAUGGAAAACAUGGACUAAAACACAUUAACUGCAAAUAGGAAAAUUUGUAAUUCCCCCCCCCCCAACUGCAUUAUUUUCCAUCCAAAUUCAGUAUGAGUUUUCUCAUCUUCUUCCAUUUGACUUGUGUUACCACCUGGUAAUGAAUUCACAUUCAUUUUCUUGCUCCCAUUGGAUGCGUACCCUUUCUUAAAAAUGACACAGAGAAAAGACUUAUUUUGUGUUUUCUUUACUUGUUUUCUCCCAGUCUCUUAUUGUCCAUUCAAUAACCGUUCAUGCAUACAGAAAAACAUUUAGUUUCAAUCACCAAAUCAAAAGCACAAGCUGUCCCUCCAUUGAUACUGGAAUUUAUCUGUCUAGAUGAGAGAGGAUAGGAAAAGAGAAGAGGAAAGGUUUUUACUCUCUGGUUAUCUGACUUUUCACCCUUUUGAGUAAUCAGCACUAAAUUCUGCCACAGGCUGCUGCAACAGCUUCCUCCCAGCAUUGCUCUGCUCCAUCCUGUCUCAGUAUGGCUCAGAUAGGCACAUCCAGUUUCAAGCCCUUCCUCUCUGUUUUGUUGGUGCCAGGCUCUGUGUAGCACCCACCACCUUUAUCACAAUUACUCCUAUCUCUCUGUUGUUUCUGUCUUGUUACAGAUACCAUACCUACUUCUAAAUAGGCUACUUCAGCCUGUAUGACUAUUGGCAUAACUUGCAAUAUUAAGGUGCUGUUUGUCUAAUGCAAUACACAUUCACAUACACAGAGAUCUGAAACUCCUAGAAGCCUACUGAAAGUCCCAUUACUUAUAGAACAAGAUCUAAGCAAAAAGCAGUGUAGUACACCACAUUAUAUUGUCUUGUGAGCUGAGAAGAACCAUCAAGUUAGCACCUAUUUAAAACUGAUUAUGCAUCAGCUGGUCUACAGAAGUUGUCAGCAUGUAUUACUUAGCAUUUGCUACGGGCAAAUCGUGUGCAAGUUAGCUGAGCCUUCUCUCCUGUCAGAACACGUCACAUCACCAUGCAUUUGCCAGCGGCUAAGAACCUCUUCAUCCUCAUGUCCAUAUUCAUCACUGUGCAAAUGAUACUUGCCAAACCAUGCUAAGUUAAUCUCACAUCCAAGCCUCACAUCGGGGAGAUGCUCCAAUAGCAAUAUGACUUAUUUGUUCCUUAAUCACAGAAAAGUCAUGGAAGCAAAUAGUAUUCAGCACCAUUUAAACUGCUGACCAGCUAAUGAUAAGAAUGGAAUUGGUUUUACUUCAGUAAAACCUUAUUUCUUCAGAACAUUAAGUCUGUAGUGAGCUAGUGAUGAAAUCACUGAAAAGUAGGAAAAGAAACUCAUUGUGUAAGCUUUUAAUUCUAUUAUUUUCUCUUAAAUAAGUCUUAACACAAAUAAUUCUUCUGCAGAAUGCUGUUUAUAUAGCUGAUGGCAAAGAGAUCUGGAGCUGAUGCAGAGGCAUAGCCCUUAAAGUCUAAGGAGCACUUUGCUUCCUGGCAAGAAACACUUUGAAAUAGGUCUGUGCAACAGUAUCCUUGGAAUUUUAUCUUCACAUCCAUUCUUUCCCACAGAUGAUUCCUGGAACAGAAAGAUCUUAAGGAGAGCUUUUAAAAGAAAAGAUGUUUUCCUUUAAAGAAAAAAAAAAAAGCAAGCAAAGAAACGAUCAGUAACAGGAAAAGCAAGAAUGUGUGGUGCCGUCUGCUUUUCAUCCCGCACUAAAGACUGAAAGCCUCCAUCUCCUGUUCAUUGUCUAAUAGCGAGAUUAUCUUCCAUUCCUCUUCCAGCUUUUCUGACUCAUUGCCAGUAUCUUGUCUGUCUCAAAUUUCUCCUCUAAUUUGCUAUGGGUUGUCACAGAAAUUUGUUGCCAACCAUGAUCUCUUUAUCACAUCAAAUAGUCCCACCUGCAGAGAGAUCCAGCAAGCAUCUCUAGGCCCUUUUUUCAUAGGUCUCUUCCUCUCUCACUACUCUUGAUAUUCAUCAGGUUAAUGCCCUUGUUUGAACAUCAGCUCCAGUUCAGCAUGACUGAAAACCAGGAUUCUGAAUUUUCUUUCUGUUGAGUCAUUUCAAUCAGGUUGGCUGGCACCUUGGGCACCUUGAUCUAGUGGGAUAUCUUCUGCCCAUGGCAGGGGGUUGGAACCAGAUGAUUUUUAAGGUUCCUUCCAACCCAAACUAUUCUAUGAUUCUAUGAGGCUAUGUUGUCUUGAUAUUUACAAAGAAUACCACUGUUCUCUUUGGAACUGACUAGGAAAUUUGACUGGAAGUCUUCACAUCAUGGCAGUAAGUGUAUCUCUCAAACAUCAUCUUCACAUGAUCUGCAAUUUAACCUUUUCUAGCAGCCAUCAUUCCAACCACUAUGCUUUUUCAAGGGUUAGCCAUCUCCCUUGCUGUCAUACUCCUUCCCCAUUGCCUUGACAAAGACAAUGAAAUUCUCAAUUGUACUCACAGGGAUUGAAAAUACUGUUAUAAAGAUAUCCGCUGGGCUGUUACAUUCACUAUAAAAUCUCCUUUUUUUUCCUGUCUGAAUAGACAAAUAACCAUAUUUGGUAUUUUUGCAUAAAUCAGCUUAUGUGGAAGUAUUUUUGCUUGAGAAAGGGAUUACAACUGCAAGUACAGAAUAGUGAAGUUGUCAUUCUGCAUAUGGCUAUGUAAGCUCAAUGAAAUAACACAGAAGAAGUAAGGGGGAAAAUCAGUCAAUAUUUCGUCUAACUAGAAAAAACAGAAAAGUAAUUAAAAUAGUCUAGAAGAAUAAUAGACAAAUUCUGAGUCACUAAUAUCAGGAAGGAAAAAAACUCCUAUCUAGAUUUCUCAAAAUAUUCAUAGGAAUAAAACUGUUAAACUAGUAUCUUAACUCCAUAAAAGAUGAAACUUACUGUUUUCUCUAUUACUUUAUUUGUUAUAAAAAAAUGCUUACAAAAAUUAUUGAACCAAGUAGUUCUUAUGAAUUGUACUAGAUACCAUAGACCAAUUAUUUAACGUGCAUUUAAGAAUAAUGGAAGGAAUAAAUAAUUAAUAACACAUACAAUGUAGGGGUUUAUCUAAUAGAUAAUGGUCCAUGAAAGGAAGAGUUUUAUUACAUUAGGGAAUCAAGUGAACUACAAUUCUAGUGGUUAAGGCAUUAGGAGUAUGUUCUAAUUCUCCAUCAGUGCUGCUCAUAAGUAGAGGACUGAACAUUGUUUUAGUGAAAAGCAUAGAAAAAAAAAAUUAAGGGAUUAAUUUAGCCCAGAGAUCUCUGAUGUGUUCACCAACACUUUUUGUGGGGAUACCCACAGUCCAAUUCUUUCAUGAACUGUGAAGGACAAAUAAUAAGGAUUCUUAGAAUGAGCUUACUUGUAGCCAUUACAGGUAAAAUCAUCAGUAAAACGACAGGAUCGAGCCCAAAUUACCAUCCAAAGACAUUUUCAACAUUUUCAGCAGGACUACUCCUAAUUAUUUUCUCUAGCAUACAUCAUCAGUAUGCUGUCAAAACAGGAAGUAUACUAUUUUAUUCAAAUAGUCCUUAGGCAGAAAGAAGUCAUAUGAACGUGAAGUGUGUGGUAACAAAAAAAUAAAGAAUAUUCAUUAGUAAUUGAGCCUCAGAAGAUAAUGAAGACUUUCAACUGUGGUGCUAUACUUUUCUUCAACCAAAAUUGGCACUGGCCUCCGGAAAGGUUUGCUUUAUAUUGCGCAGUACUUUAAAUGCAGUCUUCAUAAGAAAACAAGAAAUUGCCACUUGCCAAAAAAUUAAAUGCAGUUAUCAACAUUCAUUACAUGUCUCCACUGGCCCUCUCCCCACCUCUGCCCUGCUGGAAUUUUACCUGACAGAAGUCAGCUUUGCGAUGCUGAGAAUUAACCAUGAACACACCACUAUGUAACAUGAACAAAUCCACAAUAUGGUGUUUUCCCAAAUACAGCCAAGGUAAGACUUUAUUGCAGACUAUGGCUCCACCGUAGGCCCAGCUGCUGCAUCCCCGAAGCCUUGGCACCAGUUCCCUAGCCAGGAGACCCCAGCUGUGGGUCAGGUGCCCUCACUCCUCACCACACCAGAGGCCUUGGACCAGAAUCUCUAACAGCCAGCAAGAGAAGCACCUGAGCUGCUAAUUGCUGAAACUGCAACUACAACCUUCUUAGACAUAAAACAUUUAGUUCUUGAGUUAUGCUUGAAGCAGGAUCUGCACUUAGACUUUGGCGUCUUUCAAAAGCAUGACAGGAGGAAGGGGAAGUCCUCUCAGCAAGUAAACAGGUAGAGCUUAGAUCUAGAGAGUCCCAAGGACAACACUGAAUCCAUGUCUGACACUUCCUAGGACAUUCCCUUCAUCAAUAGGCCAGAGGCUAGCUGGGAGAUACGCCUUUCAUUGUGCCUGCUGAAGGGCUGUUAUUCUGAACAAACUAAUCCACAUUCAUUGAGCCAGGGAAGCAAGGCAUCACUUUGCAAUGCAACAAUUAAGGUACCUAGCUGGGAGGGGGGAAAUUUGAAUUUCAAUCCCUGUUACAAGACUAUUUUUCCAGUCAAUUACCAUAUAAUAUUAAAGUGCAUCACCAACCAUUAAAAGUCAAGAGCAGAAACUGAGUUCCCUAAUAACCUCUUUAAACCCAUCCAUUACCCUGGACACCAACAGGACACAGACUUGGCCAUCCUGUGCUGCUGCAUUUUUACUGCUAUUGAUACUCAAGCUACCUGGUACUAUUUCAAAUGACUUACACCUGCUGCUAUCCUAUCUAUUAUUAAAGACAGACACGCACCUUAUCUCAGGGUAGAUUUUCUUUCCAGCUCCUUCAGAGGUGUUUGCAGAGUCUGCUCCUGAUUAGCUCCUACUGACAAGAAAUGAGGAAACACUAUUAAAAAAUGCAAGUUACUCCUUUCUCUCCUUUUCCGCCUGUUGUGAUAGUCACCCCUUGCUCUGGUCUCUCCAAUUCUUUCACAUGCUUUAUUAAUUUUUGUGGUCUGGGUUAUCUUUCCUUUCAUCAUCCUUUGUUUUCCAUUUCUCUUCCUCAUGUAAGUUUUUUUUCCUUUCUUCCCUCUUCUCUUUUUCCUUCUCUUUCUUCUCCUUCUUCAUUUUCAGCAUUAAAUAACAUGAUACUGUAAUCUUCCUCCUACAUUUAUGAAACUCAAAAUGCAAGGACCAGAAGAGCUGAGGAGGAAAAAAAUAGGCAGAGAAGCAAAAGUCAUUUCAUGGCUAUUUAGCAAGAGAAGAAAGGGCUGUUAUGUGGUUUUGAUAAGAAAAACUGUUUUCCAAUAGCUUUUGAUAAGAGUCCCAGGAAGAGAAUUCCAAGAGCAAAUGAUGCAAAAAACCUGUGAAGUAUGCAUACCUCAAUGACCUCUCUGGUUCCUUUUCCUUCCUUGCAUUGAGAGCUCUUGGCCACUUUGAAAUCACCCUUGAGCUUUGACAAAAGUUUCCACCUUGCAGUAAUUUCAACUAUUACCAUCAACCUAAAUACAAUCUUCCCGGGUGCGAAGAUUUUAAAGGAAUACCAGUGCAAUUGUUCCUGAAUUCCCUCAUUAUUAUAUAAUUUUAAGAGAAUCCACAUCUCUGUUUUUUAAAUUGGCCUUCCCCUUCCCCCCCACCCCCCCUUGGUUACUGCUCUAUGUAAGGCCUAGACAAACAACAAAACCAGGACAAAUGAAAGAGCCAUCAGAGUGCAAUGGCUGCAGCAAAUGCUGAAUGAACUGUGAUCUUUGGUGGGAUAAAGAUAACACGAAAAGCUUUCAGCUGUAGUGAUCAGUCGCUGCUUUUGCGACAGCCAUUUUUAAGUUUUAAUUGAGAUUAGCCUGGAUACAUACAGUUGGAGGCAUGCCUGUGAACUUUGCUAAAAGGCUGGCUGGGUAAACUAUCUAUUACGCAGUUUCACAUGAACAGUAAUCUAAUGACGCCACAAAAAUCUCACCAUGUCCCUUGCUCCACAUGUCCAGCCACAGCAGUGGACUUCGGUCAGAGUGCUUCAGCUGUGCUAUGGAAAGGUUCGCCUUCCAAAGUCUGGAGCACCAUAUAGACCCUCACUAAAGAUCAGCAUUAUUGCCUGUUGGGAUGUCCAAGUCUUCUACAAUGCACAGUCUUGUAGCCUGAAAGUCCCUUGCUUUAAGAUAGCUCACUAGAUUUGCUGUCACAUGCUGACUCAAAGCCCAUGCAUGAUACUACUGAUUCCAGCACGCUUUGGAUGAAGCCCAUAAAGAUGGGCAAGAUUGCUUUCCAUGGAUGAGAAUAAAAUAUUUUGUUUAUUACUACUAAGCUAACCACAAUCAAAAUAAAUAGCUCUCUUUCAUGUGGUGAUGAAACAAAGCAAUCAUGCUAUGUUCCUUUUUUAAUUAUUAGGUUGAAAGAUUCAGUGUCUUCCUGGCAUGUUAAAUUCUGAAUCAUAUUCAUCAUAUAUAUAAAUAGCCAGCAACUGUAUAUAGUAGUGGAGGUGGAGAGGAAGGUCAGGGAAUUAGCUUGAUGUCAAGAAAGCAUUUCCUAUGGAGUCACCAAAUCUGUUCUGGAUACAGACUCCUACGUUAGCCCACAGUGAGACGAAGGCUGCUGUGCCCUUUUGGACCAGACAUGCUGGGUAUGCGUCUCCAACCUCACUGGCAUUUGAAAGAUUCUCCUUGGACAUCACAUAGGUAAAACUUACUUUGGGGGGGGUUGUAAAGAUGAGUAAAAGAUUUUCCCUCUCUGCCUCCCAUUACAGGCAAGACAGUGCUUUAGUACCAAAUUUCCAGCAGUUACUCCAUGGGGUCAGGGAGACUGACACAAGAUCUACCUUCCCCACUGGAAGCCCCGAGAGGACAGAUUCUGGAGGGAAGCAUUGGCUCUAAAUACCACUCAAAUUCAGGAUGUCGAGCACAAAGAAGUGGCAGCAAGUAGUGCUGCGGCCAGGGUGCUAAAAAGCACAAUUAUAGUUGUGGCCGGUCACCACUAAACUCAAUCACUUUGUUCCUGGUUUGCAUCUGUAAACUAUUUUGCAUAAACACAAAGAUUAGCACAAGUCUGGCAUCGAGCAGCUUAGGCCAUGGGGAAAAUUAAGCCAGAACCUCCUGGGAUUUUCUGUUGCUGUAACCUGGAUGUUGCCCAAGAGUUGCUGCAGGCCAUUAUGUCAACCUCGCACCCACCACAGCUCUCAGCUGACUUUGCAGGAACAAUCUGUGGAUGCUUCCUCCCUGGAAGUGUUCAAGGCCAGGUUGGAUGGGGCCUUGAGCAGUCUGGUCUGGUGGGAGUUGUCCCUGCCCAUGGCAGGGAGGUUGGAGCUGGAUGAUCUUUAAGGUCCCCUCCAACCCAAACCAUUCCAUGGUUCUAAUCUGCCUUUUCCACGCUUCCUUGUGAUGCUGUGAAAAAAAGCCAAACUCAAUAAUCAAUGCCAGUUUGAUUAUUAAGCAAGUAUUCUUUUAAUAAAUGGCACCGGGGUACACAGGGGGUAACCCACCUAAUGUGUCCAACUAUUGAGACUGGUUACAUGACUUCUAUACUGGUUAAAUAUACAUAUUCAUAUAGAUUCCAGGAAAUACUGGUUAAACAUACACAGAAUCACAGAAUCACAGAAUCACAGAAUCACAGAAUAGUUUGGGUUGGAGGGCACCUGAAAGGUCAUCUAGUUCCAACCCCCUGCCACGGGCAGGGAUAUCUUCAGAAGCUCUGAUGGUCUUUACGUUACCAUCUUCCUCAUUGUGUCCUCUUGGUGAGCUCAGGUCUGUCCUUUGUUUGUGCUGUAGGACUGUCCUUUCAAUACUUGAUUUGUUCCUUGUUUCAACCAGUAAACAAGCUAUACUCCUGUUACAAUCACGUUCUUCCUCACUGCAAGCUGGUCAAGAUUUGAUUCUAUAAGAAUUAAUUGAUAAGUUUUCCUGCAGCUGGUUUGUAUGUUUAAUUAUCUUGUAAUAUAAAUCUGUCUUGUAUCAAGAGAUAAUAUGCAGACAAUCUCCAGGCAUGGAUGAAUAACCUGAAAGAAUAAACACUCUCUUAGAGUUGCAAGAAUUCAUUGAUAUGCUUAAUUGUUUUGUAAGAUGUAGCCAUUUUAGGUUGAGAAAAAACUUGUCUUAGGGCUAGGAGAAUUUAUUAAUAUGCUUAAUUAACUUGUAAGUUGUAGUUGUCUUAGGUCAAGAGAUAACUUGAAGGAAGUCUCCAGACAUGGGUGGAUAACCUAAAUAAACAUUCUUUGAGGACUUACACAGUUCUUUGUCUAAAACUAGUAUAUAUGCACCCACUGCUUUUGUAAGAUGGUUUGCCUUUUUUAGAAGGGCAUCCAAUUGAGUGCUGAAUUGUAAAAUAAAAAUG